AUGAGCCAGAAUCCAGCGCUCAACUCUACCUGGGAGGGCCUGAAUCUGUUCAAUGUCUCCAGACUGGAGCAGGAAAACCCUUUGCUCCACCAGAACACCACAUUUGUCGAUUUCUACCUCCACAAGGCCUCUGUGGCCGCUGUCUUCACCGUCUCCUACCUGCUCAUCUUUGUGGUGUGCAUGGUGGGGAAUGGGAUGGUUUGUUUCAUCGUGCUGCGCAGCAAGAACAUGCGCACUGUCACUAACCUGUUUAUCCUCAACCUCGCCAUCAGCGACCUGCUGGUUGGGAUCUUCUGCAUGCCAACCACGCUGGUGGACAACAUCAUAACAGGUUGGCCAUUCGGCAGUGUACUCUGUAAAAUGAGCGGCAUGGUUCAAGGCAUAUCAGUGUCAGCUUCUGUCUUCACCCUGGUUGCAAUCGCAGUGGACAGGUUCCGCUGCAUCGUCUACCCUUUCAAGCAGAAGCUGACCAUCCCCACUUCAAAGCUCAUUAUCGUGGUCAUCUGGGUCCUGGCUGUGUCCAUCAUGUGUCCCUCUGGGGUGAUGCUGCAGGUCACUAAAGAGCACAGGGUGAGAAUUGUCCUCGCCCACAACGACACCCGGCCUUUCUACUGGUGCCGGGAAAACUGGCCCAAUCAGGAGAUGAGGAAAAUCUACACCACUGUUCUCUUUGCUAACAUCUACCUCGCUCCUCUAAGCCUUAUUGUUAUAAUGUACGCUCGAAUUGGCUUCACCCUGUCCAAGACUACGAUUCCCCCCACGAUGAGGGGGAGUGGAAGUGAGUCAGAAAAGGGCAUUGGAAGCAACAAGUCCAACGUGGAGGGUCGUCACACCAUUUCAAAGAAGAAGACUCGUGUGAUCAUGAUGCUGCUGGUUGUUGCUUCCCUUUUCAUCUUGUCCUGGCUUCCUCUGUGGACGCUGAUGAUGCUGAGCGACUACGCCAGCCUGACAGAGCACCAGUAUCGAGUCAUCAACAUAUACGUGUAUCCCUUCGCUCACUGGUUGGCCUUCUUUAACAGCAGCGUCAACCCCAUCAUCUACGGAUUCUUCAACGAGAACUUCCGCAGAGGCUUCCAGGCCGCGUUCAAAUUCCAGCUGUGCUCGGUUGGCAUCGAGCGCCAGAGGACCUACUCCCACCGGAUCCGAGGAAACGCCGUGCUCCCGUUCCAGCCUGCGGCUCUCAGAUCUGGGUCAAGAGGUGGGUCGGCACUCUUGAGGAAUGGGAAGUGCUCAAGUCCGGAAGGAGGGUGCUUGGGUGGUAGAAGUGAUGUCAAAGAACAGGACCUGAUCAUGGAAGACCUGGAACAUGUGUCCCAGAUUUAG